UCAAGAAUCACCAGAGACCCACAGAUAGGCAGGACAGGCUAACAAAAGCAAACUAACUGCAGGUUUAUAAUUUCCACUUAAAGAUCUUAAAGAAGCGACUAAACCAACAUGAUGACAUCACUGCUACUACUCAUCUUCUCAACGAUGACAGGUUGUGAGUUGAUGUCAGAUAGAAAGAACUGCACAGGAGGUUGGGUUCACGUCCCCUUCAACAACACUGAAACAAAGGCAAACUGUCAAAUGGCUUAUGGAAAUCAUACAAACUGCAUUCUCACAGUGAUCACCAGGAAACCUAUGAAUGAGAACAAAAACAAAACGGAAAAACAUUGUGAUGAACAGAAACUUGUGUGAUGGCCUGACAGCUUGUCCACGAUCCACAGCUUGAUCAUGAAAUCAGACUGCAUAAAACCAUUUAAUCAAACUGGGUACAUUACUGCUAAAGUCACCAUCAGAUGUGAUUAUCCAAGAGAAGAAAACAAGUCCAGGGAGAUGUUUUUCUGCAAAGAUAAUAAUUCCAUCUGUGAGGAUAUUUUACCACCACAAUUUCAUCAAAAAUGGACAUUCACAAACAACAGCCAGGGCUUUAACGUGUCCAUCAGUAAUGUGUCCCUACAGGAUAAGGGUGUCUACUGGUGCGGAGUAAAAUUAUCUAAUAGCUAUGCACUAAAAAAAAUAAGGCUGGAAGUUAAAAGUAUUAGUGGCUUUACAAAAUCAGAAACUGUUGGAAAAAACUUCACAUUCUUGUGUAACUACACCCAGAGUGAGCAGUCACUUACAAAAUUUAUCUGUAAGGGGGACGACCCAUCUGCAUGUCAAACUCUUGCUAAUACCAACAACACAAGCAAGAACGAGAGGUUUUCCAUGAAUGACAACAAAACGCAGACAAACAUCAGCAUAACAGUGAGAGAAGUAACUGCAAACGACAGCGGGACGUACUGGUGUGGAGCAGAAAGCCCAAACAAACAACACAGUGACAUGUUCUUCAGCAAAUUAUUCCUGACUGUCGUAUCAGCAACAUCAUCUCCAACUACUGUUUCUUCUACUACUGUUUCACCAAGUUCUGGCCUCUUGGUGGAACCUAUUACUUUGACUCUGGUCUGUCUGUCCGUGUUGUUAUUUCCGGUAGUUUUGAUCCUUAUCUACAAACAAAAAAAUACAGGAACUGGCACAGCACCACAGCAUAACAGGGAGGACUGUUCCUAUGAAAGGAUACAAGAGAAGCUACGGAAGACAAACUCAAAAAAUCUAGAAAACCCUUCUGAAUCGGCAGAAUACGCUACUGUUAACUUUCAAGGCUGCUUUGACACAGUUCGACCCAGCACCACCACCUGUGAAUAUACUACUGUGAAGUUUGGCAGAUAUCCAACCAACAGUCUGUCAUUCAGCCACCCAGACUGACAGAGAAGCAUCUCAACUCAGCAGUCCUCAAACAACAGAAAAAAUUAAAAUAGAAGAAAAGAUCCGCUCAAAUUUACAAAAUGUGUGGUUAUGUUUUUGGUAGCUCUUGAUGACUCGUUUGAUAUGAUGGCUCGUUUGGAUUACAUCCACCAAGGCCUUCAAGGUUAACUUAAUGAUUUAUUGAUCGAAUAUUGGCAAAAAACAAACAAACAUAUAUCUUAGAAACUAUGAUUACAAAUGCCAUGUGUAUUUGCCAACAAGUAGAAAGUAGCAUAUAAAGAUUUAAAAUAUCCUGUCAUAUUUGACCACUGACCUCUCUUCAAGGUCAAAAGAUUAAUAUAAGUUUUAAAGUGAUAAUAAUGCUGUAUAGAGGUAUUUAAAACGAUGUUUCCUACUGCUUUGUUUGUAUUAUAGGCACAUAGGGAAUGAUAUAUGGGGAUUCAAAAUAUUUCAUUACUUUGGACCACUAACUCUUCUUUAAGGUCAAAUAAGGUCGAACUUUCAUAAAAUGCCUUUUAUCUUUAAAACUAUACUUGAAAUUCUACUUGCUUUGUUUGUAUUGGCAACAUUACAUGAUACUGGUAUAUGGGGAUUCUAAAUAUCACAUUACAGUUUGCAUCCAAAAUAAAAUACCAUCCCUUUAAAUCCUGCCUGGAUAAUGAGCUGUCUUGGCAGAGGUUACCGCUCUCGGAGUGCUUGUUGUUGCUUUUGAAUAACCUGUCCGCACACAAAUAGCUUUUUGAGUCACAAAGAUUUUUAAUGGGACUUCAACAGUGGUCUUAUUCUGCAGUCUUACGUUUGCGGGAGAAUUUCGGAAAUGGAGCAAAUCAGCAAGAUAUCUCUAAUCAGCAAACAAGCUUAGUGUAGCAUGUCAUUAUAGGAUACAGCAUCCAUCUGUGGCUCAAAUCUACUUGAGUUACAAUGAGUAUAAAAUCAGGACCUAGGUUGUAAAAUAAUAUAUCAAAAUGAAAAGGUUGGAGAAGUAGCUGUUAUGAAAGACUCUCCUUAAAGGUUAACUAGCCUUGAGCAGCUUUAAUACAUUAAAGCUGCUUCAAUAAAUAUAUUCUCCUACAGUGUUUAAGAACGUUUAACACAGUUAUGGUAGUGUGCCUUCAACGUAUGUAUCUGCUCCGGAUGAUCGAUUGGAGUAUUGUGCCUCUCAGAUCAUUAAUUCCAUUGUUGAUGCCAACAUUGAUUUCUGAUGGAUGUGUUUGCAAACAACAAAAAAGAAGUUGCACUUAGUUAAAAUUAGUGCUAUUCAUUGGUUAUCAGACAAACUGUUUGUUUCCAAAAGGAAAAACAGACUGAGACCUAAAAUGAUCAGAACUGGUUAAUAUGGGGGAGUUUAAGUCCAUUUACAGGAUCAAAUAGCUGGUCAUUGAGAUUUCUCUUAAAAUUGGUUUGAAAUUCAUCUGAAACUUCAUUGUUUUGUUUUAUUGUUAUUUUGUAUGAUUUUAACCUGUUGACUCACAAUUGUACUGCAACUGUUUGAGAGUUGUGUUUGUGUGCUGACUUAUUUUUUUUAAUUUUUACAAUCUCUGCUGCCAUUUUGGCCUCAUAACUUUUGAAAGAGAUUUUUAAUCUCCCUGAGCUUUUAGCUGGAUGACUAAAAAAUAAACAUACUGCAUGACAUAAACCAUACAGAGGGGUUGUGAUUGUGGUGCCUUCUACAGACACACUGUUGCUGGUUUGAUAUGAGAAAGAAAGUCACAUCCGGCAUGAGAAUUCCAGAAUAACCGUAUUCACACACCAGUGCAUGGAUUUUGCAUAGUCUAAAUUAUUAAAACUCUGCUAAACAGGUAAAACAAUAUAAGGUCAUAAUAUUCUCUGGGUUAUUUUUUUUAGCUUCUUUAUAGCUUUGCAAAAUGUUAUGAGCAGUUUACGUGUGUGUAAAAAUAGCUAAAAGCACACAUUAGCUAACAUAAAGGAAGUAGGAUGUCUAAC